GUGUUUUGCCCUUUUCAAAGAUGUCGGCACCAGGAGGAGACACGUUUUCCGACGCAGAGAGAGAAAAGGUUGAAGAAAUGGAGGAUAGCGAGGAAGAGCAGGAGGGGAUGGAGGAGAGCGACGGGGACGAGGAGGGAGACGGGACGGCCCAGACUCGAGUGUAUAUCCCCGGAAUCGAGCCGCUGCAGCCUGGAGAGGAGUUAGAAAUGGACCAGACCGCCUACAGACUGUACCAUCACUGCCAAACCGGCGCUCCCUGUUUGAGUUUCGAUGUGAUCCGCGAUGAUCUGGGUGAAAACAGAGAAGAGUCUCCGCUGUCGAUGCUGCUGUGUGCCGGGACCCAGGCAGAAACUGCUCAGGCCAACAGGCUGCUGGUGAUGCGAAUGCACAAUCUGCACGGAACAAGGAGAGAGGAGGGGGAAGGAGAGGGUUCGGAGAGCGAGAGCGAGGGAGAGGGGGAUGAACAAGAGGAGAAGAAACCAGCCCUGGAGUUAGCCAUGCUCCCCCACUAUGGAGCGAUCAACAGAGUCCGGGUGACUAGGUUUGGGGACGCCCCAUUGGCUGCUGUCUGGUCCGAGAAAGGUCAGGUGGAGAUCUUUGACCUUCGAGCCCAGCUGGAGGCGGUCCAUGAUUCUGCUAUCAUGGCGACGUUUCUACGGGAACAGCAGAAAGAGGCCACGCCCCUGUUUACCUUCACUGGUCACAUGACAGAGGGAUUCGCUGUUGAUUGGUCACCUAAAGUACCGGGUCGCCUAGCAACAGGAGACUGUAAGAAGCAGAUCCACGUUUGGGAGCCCAGGGAAGGAGGGGCAUGGCAUGUAGACCAACGCCCCUUUGCAGGCCACACCCAGUCUGUCGAAGACAUCCAAUGGUCUCCCACGGAACCCACGGUCUUUGCCUCAUGUUCGGUCGACACCUCGAUUCGGAUUUGGGACACCCGCGCCCCGCCCUCCAAGGCCUGCAUGCUCUCAGCCAAUCAGGCGCACUCCUCCGACGUGAACGUGAUCAGCUGGAACCGGAACGAACCUUUCCUGCUGUCCGGGGGGGACGACGGUCUUCUCAAGGUGUGGGAUCUCAGACAGUUCAAGACGGGACGUCCCGUGGCCAGUUUCAAGCUGCACUCGGCCCCCGUCUCCUCAGUCGAGUGGCACCCCACUGAUGGCAGCGUCUUCGCCUCCGCCGGCUCCGACGACGUCGUCGGCCAAUGGGAUCUCUCGGUGGAGUCAUGUGACCCCGGCACAGAGGCGGGGCUCCCCACCUUGCCCCCACAGGUCCUCUUCCUGCACCAGGGUCAGACAGAGGUCAAGGAGGUGCACUGGCACCCCCAGAACAGCGGGGUGCUCGUCUCCACCGCACUCUCGGGGUUCAACGUGUUCCGGACCAUCUCUGUGUGAAUCAGACGCCGUGACGGCUCUGGUAUGGAGCUGGAUUCCCAUUGUGGACUAUGGGGGGAGUUAGAGCCAAGAUGCCAGACAUCGUGUGCAGUUUCAUAAUAAUCUGCUUUAUUUUGUAGCUUAAGGGUAGGUUACUGGAGACAUUCUGGCUCUGACACUGAGCCAGCUUGCUAUUGUGGGCCAUGGAGGUGCUGCAGCCUGGAUGGCCGACGUCUUGUACAGUUUCUGCUGUGUUCUGUUUAAUCGUACAGCAGGUUAUGAAACUAAAGCCGCCUUGACUCUGACUUUAAACAUUAUUUCAAUUCAGCGGAACACAUACUCACGGGGAAUGAUUGCAAAGAGCAGGUGAAGGGGGCAGUGAGAAAAUAACAUCUGUACACUCUUGCAAAAUGAAAAAAAUAAAUACAUCUUCUUAAA